AUGUCUUACCAGUCUGAACCUACCUUUCCGGCGCAAAAGGCUCCAGUUGAACCUACUCUACUCCAUCCUCGCACUGCUCAACGCCGGCUAAAGAAAUUGGUCGAGGAUGAGCAGCAUACAAUCCUCACUACCUUACCACAAGAUACGAAGCUCUCAGUCGCCCUUGACUGCUGGACAUCGCCUUUCCAGCAAGCAUUCAUGGCGAUCACAGGGUACUUUAUCGACCGAGACUGGAAUUACCGUGAGAUCCUACUUGGAUUUGAACCACUUGAUGGGGCGCAUUCUGGUAUAAAUCUAAGUGGAAUGCUUAUGGAUAUCUUUAGGAAGCUUGAUAUUACUGAUCGCGUGUUAGCGAUUACAUCAGAUAACGCACCCAAUAACACAACUCUAGUACAGGCAGUUCAAGACUCUAUUGACUCCCUUGAACUACCGAAUAACCCAGUGGUUGUUCGAAUCCCUUGUCUUGCACAUGUUAUCCAACUAAGCCUUCGCGAGCUGCUUGGAUCAGUGAAGGUCGACCCUCAGAACGAUACCACAGAUCGGAAUGUUUCUGAUGUCCAAGCCCAAGCCCAAGCUCGAUCACUCCGUGCGUCCCAGAGUGAACAAGUCAUUGUACAAACCCUUGUUAAGAUUCGCGGGCUUGCUGUAUUUAUUAAUGCAAGCCCCCAACGUCGUGAUGAUUUCUUCCGUCUCCAGACCAAUGGAGCAAAACUUGCGCCUAUCCAAGAUGUCCGCACACGCUGGAAUUCAACCUUCUUGAUGCUUCGUCGUGCGAAACGCCUUAGCAAGCCAUGUGAUGAAUACUGUGACAAUAUUGGGACUCAGAAAUACAAACUUAGUAAGGCGGAAUGGCGGCAGGUCGACUACCUUCUGUAUAUCACAGAGCCGUUCUACCGCUUUACUACAGUACUUUCAAAGACCAAGGAGAUAACGGUACAUCAUGUUUUUGGUAUUUAUAAUGCCCUCUUCGAUCACUUCGAGGAUUCCAUCGCACGACUUACCCCGAAAACCAUACCCUGGAAGAAAGCGAUGCUACAAGCCCUCAAUGCUGGGAUGGCAAAGCUUACAUCUUACUACGCGAAGACAAAAGAGAUCCAUGGUAAUCUCUACGCAAUUGGAACGAUUCUUGCACCCCAGCAUAAGCUUCACUUCUUCUCAAGUAAAGCAUGGGGUACGUCGGAGAACGACACAAACUGGAGUGAUCAGUAUAAGGAAACGCUUCGCCAGUUCAUGGCUCCUUACGCCCAAAGACACACCCAGGCACAGCCCCUACAAGGAGAGCAAACGCCUAAGCGUCACUCAGCCAGUACAAGUGACCUAGACGCUCUCCUCGACAUUCGGCCUCACAUUCAUUCUGAUCCGUCAACAUCAGAGCACGAACUCGCUAGAUACCUUGAAAAGCCAAGGAGAAAGGUCGAUCCUUUAGAAUUCUGGAAGGAACAUGAGGAUGAAUUCCCGAUUCUUUCAAGUGUUGCUCGCGAUAUUCUCUCAAUUCCUGCAACAGGCGCUGGAGUUGAACGUCUGUUCAAUUCAGCACGGGAUGUCUGCCACUACCGACGUGGGCGGCUGAGUGCGAAGACAAUCCAGGAUAUCAUGAUGUUCCGGUGUAAAACCCAAUUUGACAUUGAAAUAGAAGAACUACCCGAUGAGGAUAUGUCCUUGGAUUCUAUACAAGAAGCAGACGAGCAGAGAGAGGCCGAACUUACCACUGACAUGCCUGAACCAAUCAGCGAUGGUGAGGAUUCCGAGGAUAAUGAUCCUGUCGGGCUGAUCGAGUACGAGUUUAUAAUGGAGAGUCAGCUUCCUUGUCCAUCUAUUGUGCCAAGUACGCGGAAGCGACAGAGAAGUGAGCUUGUCGACAGCGAAGAUGAGAGUAGUCCUCAUCUCCCUCUUUAUGGAGAUGAGGUUGGCACUCAAAGGCGCCCUGGUUUGAGAGAAGUAAGGAAGCGUGGCAAGCCUAGUGAUGAUCAAUUUGUGUCGUAUUAG